UGCCCUUUGCUGCCAAGUAACGCAAUUUCGUAACCUUCUACCGAGAGAUAUUCCCACAGAGAGAAACACCACCACCAAAAAUUAUGGCGGCCACAGUCUCUUCUCCUUGGGGCAAGGCCGGCGCGUGGGCUCUCGACGCUGAAGAACAUGAGGAGGAACUCCGUCAACAACCAUUGGUUUCUCAAAACAAUACUGAUUCUGCUUCCGGUGAGUCUGAAUUCCCUUCCUUAGCAGCCGCCGCCGCCACAAAACAGCCUAAGAAGAAGAAGAACCAAACUCUUUCAUUAGCCGAAUUCUCGGCUAAGGCUUCUCAGCCAAGCCAACAAUCUAGAAGCCUUACCCAUGAAGAUCUUCUCAAUCUCCCGACCGGGCCACGCCAACGCUCCGCUGAAGAGCUCGACCGUACUAGGCUUGGCGGAGGUUUCAAAUCGUAUGGCAUGAAUAACCGAAGCGGUGACGAUUCGUCUAAUUCUAGAUGGGGCGGUGGUAAUUCUAGGGUUUCAAGUAGGGAUAGGGACGCGAGCAGAGAAUUGGCGCCCUCUCGCGCUGAUGAGAUCGAUGAUUGGUCAAAGACGAAGAAAUCACCGGUAGGGAAUGGCUAUGAAAGGAGAGAGAGGGGUUCGUUCUUUGAUUCGCUGUCAAAAGCUGAUGAAUCGGACAGUUGGGUAGCGAAUAAGCCAACGGAGUCACGGAGAUUUGGUGCUACUAAUGGUGGAUUUGAAAGGAGAGGGAGUUUCGAUUCUUUAUCCAGAGAUAGACAUGGUUCUAAUAGCGGUGCUGGUGGUGCUGAUUCGGACAGCUGGGGAAGGAAGAGAGAGGAUACUAAUAUAACAGGAACUGCAAGGCCGAAGCUUGUAUUGCAGCCACGUAGCUUGCCUGUAAAUGAUAACGGCACCGCAGCGAAACCAAAAGGAUCGAACCCAUUUGGGGAUGCGAGGCCGAGAGAGGAAGUGUUGGCUGAGAAAGGAAAGGACUGGAAAGAGAUUGAUGAGAAGCUGGAAUCUGUCAAGAUCAACGGUAAUAAAGAAAUGGAAAGAGGCAAUUCCACUUCUUUUGGGAAGCGGAGCUUUGGGCGUGGGGGUUCUGGUAAUGAGCAUGUGGAGAGGAGCUGGAGGAAGCCUGAUUCAAUUGAUUCCGGUUCUCGUCCCCAGAGUGCUGAGCAAAUUGAGGAUGGCUCUGAAAAUGAUCAGCUUACUGAGGACGGACGUUCUGAAGGAAAUUGAAGGAGAUUCACUCGUGAGAUUCUGAGGAUUGGAAAAGGGGAAAAGAAACAAAUGAAAGAGAAGAGAGCACUGAGUUUUGUUAAGUAGUCAAAGAUGUUUUGUCUCAUUACUUAUUUGUAUGAGUUUUGCCACAACCGUUAUGACUGUCAAAUACAGUGUGGAGAUAAUUUUGAUAGGCUUAAAGUAAUUUUAACAUUGAUUUGUCAUUGAUUCUAUAGCUUUUUUCUGUAGUUUGGAAUUAAGAACUGUCUGUUAUUACACUGUUUAAGUUAUUCUUGUUCAGUUUUGACCGUGUGUUCGUCCAGAGCUUGUAAUUUCUUUUUCUGGUUGCAAGUUUCUGCCUGUAUUAAAUCAGUUGUUACUUGUGCAUAAUAUUAUCUCUCUGGUUUCUUCGUGUUUCCAA